ACUGAAAUCCUCCGCAAGCACCUCAAGAUCUCCUCCAUGGUCUCGAAGCCCAGCUCGCCGCCCGCACCAAUAUUAUCACAAACAGAGAAGAGAGAACUCUUUAGAUCCAACGAUUCGACAUGGAAGGCAACGGCGUGUUGCAGCGGUGUAAGCGACAAGGAAAAGGCCGCUUUCUACAAGAUCCCCUCCGGCGACGGUCCCUACGUUCGAGCAAAGCAUUUCCAGCUAGUAGAGAAAGACUUAAGCACCUCAAUCCUAUGGUUCUGGAAGGCCAUCAAUCAGAGGGACAGAGUGGAGAGUGCGCUUAAAGACAUGGCCGUCGUGAUGAAGCAGCAAGACCGUGCCGAGGAGGCUGUAGAAGCCAUCAAAUCCUUUCGGCAUCUAUGCUCCGAUCAGGCCCAAGAUUCUCUCGAUAACCUCCUCAUCGAUAUGUACAAGAAAUGUGGGAGAGUGGAGGAGCAAAUAGUGAUGCUGAAGAAGAAGCUAAGGAUGAUAUACGUGGGGAAAGCCUUCAAUGGGAAGACCACAAAAACGGCUCGUUCUCAUGGUAGAAAGUUCCAAGUCUCCAUCAAGCAAGAGACCGCGCGACUCUUGGGUAACCUCGGAUGGGCAUACAUGCAGCAAGAGAAUUACAUUGCUGCGGAGGCCGUGUACCACAAGGCGCAAAUGAUCGAACCCAAUGCCAACAACGGUUGCAACCUUGGUGUGUGUCUCAUGAAGCAAGGCAAGUACGAUGUGGCACGAUUGGAGAUUAGUGCCAUUGUGGACCAAGGUUACGCUUAUAGCACCGACAAUAAGGCAUUGCAACGGGCGAAGAAGCUGUUGGAUGAGAUUGAUCAAUCCAUCAAUGCAUCCGAUAUGAAGGGGAUAUUGGAGGAAGAAAUGUUAAAGAGUUUAGACUUUUUGGAAGACUCCGAUCAGAAAAUCGUAGAUUGGGUAUCAUUCAAGUCCAAGAGAUUGCCGGUGUUCGAGGAGAUAUCUACCUUUAGGGAUCAAAUGGCCUUCUAAGUUUGAUGUUUAGAAAUGAUGAACAUAAUGUUGUGAAUAUGUUCGAUACCACCUAGAUGUGAACAAGCACAUCCUAGUCAAUUGGGGGGAAAACAGCAAGAAUAAGGCAAAGUUAGUUGGGUUAAGUGUUUUGGUAAUUAAAGGGGAGAAAGGAAGCAAGUCUCUAAGCAUUUAGGAAGAAUGUUUACCAAAUUAUCUAGGGAUAAAUUGUUAGCAUUCAGACUUGUUUUUUUUUUUUUAAUGAAAUGUAUUUUUUUUUUCUAGAGCAAGCAUAUAUUUGGAAAUUUUA